AUUUAAUCUACUUACACUUAUCUGAACACUUUACAAUACAGUUUACACCUCCUCUUGAAUAAGUACAUUUAUUCUUUUUUUUAUUACAAAUUAGUGAAUUUUUGUUUGAUUUUAUUUUUCAUUUGAUUAUUUUGUGUUAAAUCUCUUGUGUGGAUUAUAAAAAAUGGCUACAAAUAUGUUUCGUGCUAAUGGAAAAUCCUUUUACUGGAUGGGAAAUGAGACUCAUAAAGUACCAAUGGCUUUGUACAGUGAAAAUCGCCAACGACUUGUUCAACGAUUAAAAGGAAAUUUGAGAACACCCGCCGAUGCAUACAUAUUUUUGGAAGGUGGCAAGAACGUUUCACUUUAUGAUACUGACGUUGAUUACAACGUUUUUCGUCAGGAACCAUAUUUCAUGUGGACCUUUGGUGUUCCAUUGCCAGAUUGCAUUGGACUUGUUGAAGUUGCAAGUGGUAAUCCAUAUUUAUUUGUACCAAGGUACCCUGAAGAAUAUGGAAUUUGGAUGGGUUCCCCACCAAAAGCUGAGGAUUUUAAAGAUGCUUUUGGAAUAGACAAUGUUUAUUACAUGGAUGAGUUAGAAGCAUUUUUGGAUAAACUACCAUCGGUUACUUUGCUAACUUUGAAUGGAAAAAAUAGCGAUAGUGGAUUGACGACACCGAAAAUUACUUGGGAUAAACUAUUAAGAUAUAAAAUCAAGGAUGAUUUACUUUACUACGAAAUAACUCAAUGUCGAGUUAUUAAGAACAAAUAUGAAAUUGAAGUAUUACGUUACGUAGCAGCAGUAUCAGUCGAGGCCCAUAAACGUGUCAUGCAUUAUGUUAAGCCGGGCGUAUAUGAAUAUCAAUGUGAAUCCGAGUUCUUAAACUACUGUUAUCAAAAUGGAGGAUGUCGUCAUGUUUCGUACACUUGCAUUUGUGGUAGUGGUCACAAUUCUAGUAUUUUACAUUAUGGGCAUGAAGGAGCCCCCAAUAAUAAAGCCAUUGAAAAUGGUGAAAUGUGUUUAUUUGACAUGGGUGCCAACUAUUGUGGCUAUGCUGCGGAUAUAACUUGUUCUUAUCCAGCUAAUGGAAAAUUUACUGAAGAUCAAAAAGCUAUUUACAAUGCUGUUCUUGAUGCAUCCAGGGCUGUCAUAAAUGCACUUAAACCUGGUCAAAGUUGGGUUGCCAUGCACAAAUUAGCGAAUCGUGUUAUGCUCACAAAAUUGAAAGAAAUUGGAAUUUUAGUUGGUGAAGUUGAACAUAUGUUACAGGCUGAACUGGCAGCAUUCUUCCAACCACAUGGUCUUGGUCAUUUUAUUGGACUUGAUGUACACGAUGUAGGUGGUUAUUUAACAGGACAUCCACCACGUCCGACUGAACGCAGUCUUAAAAGUUUACGUACAGCACGUACUAUAGAAAAAGGCAUGUACGUUACUGUCGAACCAGGCUGUUAUUUCAUAGAUACAUUACUCGAUGAGGCUUUGAGUAACGAAAAACUUUCAGUUUUCUUUAAUAAAGAAGUAUUACAACGUUUCCGUGGAUUCGGUGGAGUUCGUAUUGAAGAUGAUAUUUUGAUAACUGAAGAAGGAUGUGAAAUAUUUUCUUGUAAUCUGCCAAGAACUGUUGCAGAAAUUGAAGCUUUCAUGAAAUCAAAGCUGGCAAGCAAUUAAAUCUACAUACGCUUUCAAUAUUCCAUAUAUGUUCGAAGGGUGGUAUUGAAAACGACUAGCCAACUAAAUAUUCCAGUUAUAUAAAAUAAAUAUAUAAACAAAUAU